UAACCCAAUCUGAUAAAGGGACUGAAAUCUUUUCUAUAGUCAUUUCUGGCCGGUUUUCCUGCCCAUCACUCCCGGAGCAAAAAUAUCUGAUUUCUACAUAUAUAGAGAGAGGGGGAGAGAGGGAGAUAUUGCAAUCAGUUGGUAUGUAGAUCUGCUAGCUAUUUGCUCUGGUGUCUAAUUAUAUCUGCAGCUAGCACAGCAUACGUACUGUUCUUGACUUCUUCUAUAUAUAUCUUACACAAGAUCCAGCUACAACUACAAGCAGCUAGCUAGGUCCGAUCCAUUCAGAAUCCAAUAAAAUCCAUGGAGAUGGAGGCGAUGAAGCCCUACCUGAUCGCCAUCGUCGUACAACUUAUCUACACUGGCAUGAACAUCGUCUCCAAGGCAGCCUUCGACCAUGGCAUAAAUACCUUCGUCUUCAUGUUCUACAGAACGGCUGCCGCGUCGCUCCUUCUGCUGCCUGUCGCCAUUAUCCUCCAAAGGAAGAAUGUGCGAUCCAUGUCCCUGGGUGUUCUUCUCAAGCUCUUCUUCUAUGCCUUGAUCGGGAACACAUUUAGCCUGAACCUGUACAAUGCGAACAUGAAGCUGACAUCGGCCACCGUUGCAUCGGCAGCCAGCAACGCCAUGCCAGUCUUCACCUUCUGCUUGGCGCUGCUGCUGAGGAUGGAGGCCGUGAAGCUCAGGAGCCGCUCCGGCGUGGCCAAGCUCGCCGGCGUAGCGCUCUGCCUCGCCGGAGUCUUCGUCCUCGCCUUCUACGUCGGGCCAGCGCUGAGCCCCGUGCAUCGCCAACUCGCCUUCGCCUCAUCAUCAAACGAUGACAACAGUGUUCAUCCAAGCAGCAGGAUGACGUGGAUCAAAGGAACGUUCCUCAUAGUGCUUUCCACCGUCACAUGGGCCCUCUGGAUCGUGCUGCAGUCUGCAUUGCUAAAAGAAUACCCCAAUAAGAUGCUUGUUACGGUGACACAGUGCGUGUUUAGCACUGUGCAGUCAUUUGUCGUUGCAGUGGUGGCUGAGAGGGACUUCUCUAAGUGGAAGCUCGGAUUCAAUAUUAGCUUGCUAGCCAUCAUUUACACGGGGUUUGUGGUAACAGGAGUGUCCUACUAUCUUCAGGCAUGGUGUAUGGAGAUGAAAGGCCCUGUCUUUCUAGCAAUGUCUAACCCGCUCUGCUUCGUCUUCACCAUAUUCUGCUCCUCCUUCUUUAUAGGAGAGAUUGUUCAUCUUGGCAGCAUUGUGGGUGGCGCGCUGCUGGUUGCCGGGCUUUACAGCGUACUGUGGGGUAAAAGCAAGGAAGCCAUGGAAUCUGAGGAGGGAAAGGAACAGCAGAAGGAUGAAGCGGAAGCAUCGUCCACGGUCGAACAAGCACACGAUGCAUGCGCGGAUGCAAAUAAGAAUACAAGGAUGACAGCGACGUCAACGAAGAAGAAGGCCUAUGCUGUGGCCAUGGUGUUUCAGGUGAUCUUGGCCUCCACGACCAUACUUUCCAAGGCAGCCUUCGACCGUGGGCUCAGCACCUUCGUCUUCGUCUUCUACCGCCUGGCCGCUGCAUCGCUCUUCCUGCUGCCCCUGGCCAUCCUUCUUGCAAGGAGAAGUGCACCACCGCUGUCUUUCCGGUUGCUUGCAAAGAUGUUCUUGUACGCCCUAGCCGGGAAUACACUGAGCUUGAACCUGGCCAACGUCAGCCUCAAAUACACUUCUACGACCGUGGCAUCUGCCAUGUGCAACUCCAUCCCUGUCAUCACCUUCUUCCUCGCGUUGCUCAUGAGGAUGGAAGUGAUAAACCUGAAGAGGCCUUCAGGCAAGGGCAAGGCUGCCGGCAUCACUUUCUGCCUCGCCGGAGUGUUGGUGAUCGCCCUGUACGCUGGAUCGUCACUCAGCCCUCUCAACCACAGCCACCAUGGCGUCUUAUUGGCUGCUGGUCAUCAUGGCGACAGCAGGCAGCAGGCUCCAGCUGGGCAUCUCUCCAAGGGCAUAUGGAUCAUGGGGACUUUCCUCAUGCUGCUUGCCUGCUUAGCAUGGUCGCUCUGGAUGGUCCUCCAGGGGUUGCUGCUGAAGGAGUACCCAAACAAGCUGCUUGCGACGUUGAUCCAGUGCCUGUUUGGCACUGUCCAGUCGUGUGUGGUGGCAGUGGCCAUCGAGAGGGAUCCCUCCAGAUGGAAGCUUGGGCUCGACCUCUCUCUGCUUGCAGUGGCAUACUCUGGCAUUGUGGGGACGGGCGUCUGCUUCUACCUGCAGACGUGGUGCGUGGACAUGAAGGGCCCCGUCUUCCUCGCCAUGUGGUACCCCAUGAGCUUGCUGCUCACUGUCCUCGGCUCCUCGCUCCUAGGAGAGACCACCCACCUUGGAAGUAUACUUGGUGGGAUUCUGCUGGUCGGCGGCCUUUACUGCGUCCUCUGGGGAAAAAACAAGGAGGAAACCCACACGACGACGAUGCCAUCUGACGACCAUCAAGAACAGAGUAGUAGAGAGCAAGGCGAUGCAGAUGCCGCAAUCAGUUGUACUCCCACUGAAGAUGAGAUGAUCUGAAGUAGCUAGGUUAGCCCUGCAUGCGUGCUUAACACAACAAGCCGGCGUAACAAGUGUGAUGAGACGCUUCACCGUUCAGGUACCUGACUACCUGAGUGAUCCAACACUCUGUAAUCUAGUAAUAUCCACCCACUGAAUAAAUUAAAUAUGUAUAUACCAUCCAGUAGCCAGUUACCAGCAAUUUGUCAGCUUGAUUUUGAAGUUCUAUUAAAAUAACAAAAGCUAAGUCGUCCCUC